UUCUCUCCCGAAGAAUCAAAUCUUGUUCUCUCUUCUUCUCGAGACCAGACCACCGUAUACUGGAACAAUCCUCCGUCGCCGGUCGCCGCCCACCCAUGGCCUCCGCCGCCAGCACUGCCGCCACCGGGGCCCCGCUGCGCCUCCUCUUCUCCUCUUCCAACCGUAUCUCCAAGCCCUUCCUUCCCCGCCCCCACCGUCUCACCCUCUCCUCCCCCAUCUCCUUCCAGCGCCUCACAGCCCGGUCCGCCGCCUCCCCGUCCCCAUCCACCACCACCUCCUCCCCCUCUGGCUCCGGCUCUGUCGACCCGGCGCAACUGCCCCCCGCGCUCCGCGACAUCGUUGGCCUCUUCCAGUCCGUCCCGGACGCGCGCACCCGGUACAAGCAGCUCCUCGCCUACGCCGCGCGCCUCCCGCCCAUGGACCCGGCGCUCAAGACCGAUGCCAACCGCGUCCGGGGCUGCGUCUCACAGGUCUGGGUCCACGCCGAGCCGGACGAGGGCGACGGCGGCGGCCGCAGCGUCAGGUUCCACGCUGACUCCGACGCGCAGCUCACCAAGGGCCUCGCCGCGCUGCUCGUGCUGGGGCUCUCUGGCGCGCCCGCCGCGGAUGUGGCCAGGGUGCCCGUCGAGUUCAUUGAGCUGCUCGGGAUCAGGCAGAGCCUCUCGCCCUCCAGGAACAGCGGCCUGCUCAACAUGCUCAGCCUCAUGAAGCGCAAGGCACUUGAGAUCGCCGGUGGUGACUCGGCCACAAGCCAGCUAUCAGUCCAAGAGGCUGCUGAAUCGCGUGGAGUGGACGACAAAGAGCCUGAAUUUGCAGCUUUCGGGGUGCAGGAAGAGGAAAGUGCAGAGGAGGCAGAGAGACGUGACGAGGAUGAACAAUUGGGUGAAGUUCCACUUGAUGCAGAAGGGAAUGGUGCUGUGAGUGGUGGGAGGAAGGAGAGGAUAAGAGAGAGUUUGGAGAGGGCACUUUCUCCAGUGGAGUUGGAGAUUGAAGACAUAUCGCAUCUCCACAAGGGCCAUGCUGGGGUGGCUGGGAGCAAUGGGGAGACACAUUUCAAUGUGAGGGUGGUGUCCAAGGAGUUUGAGGGGAAGAGCUUGCUCAAGAGGCACAGGGCUGUCUAUGAUCUCCUGCAGGAGGAGCUCAAGACCGGGUUGCAUGCCCUGUCAAUUGAUGCAAAGACUCCAUCUGAAGUUUAGUUGGAACUGAAUCAUGGUGAUCAAUCAUGGUGCCAGUCUAGGGAUCAUGCCAUUUGUAUUAAAAAAAUUAGAUUUAAAAUGCUGGCGCGUCGCAGCACAAAAUCGCUGGUGUUCUCUGUGUUCUUGCAUCAAUCAAUCCCAUUUUCCCAACAAUUUUAUUAAGAGGGUGUACCAUUAGAUGUUAAGUAUAUCCAUGGUAGAGUUGGAACUUUGAAUGGUGGCGAGUCCUAUUUAAUGUAUGGGUGGUCGGUAUCCAACAUAACUUGUCCAUUUUAUGUUAGUACAGAAGUGCUAUCAUACCUGUGUUACUAAGUUGCUUCAUAUAGUUUAAAAAUCAAAGAGCCAUAAGUGUCUCGUGUCAAUUUCAUAUUUAAUGUAAUGGCUUCAAUGCAUUUAAACAUAUUUUGCUCAUUUUUUUCCCUAUGCACUUCUUGUUUC